GUGUGCAGUGCAGCACAGACCAGAGCACGGAGCUGAGUUCAACCAGCUGGGAUCCCAGGGCUGUGCUGGCUAUGCCAACCCCCUCUGCACGGUGCCUGGCUGGGGCUGGGGGGCUGAGUGGGAAGCCCUGAGUCAGGUGCUCUUGUUUGGGGGGCUGGCUACUCCCUGGAGGACCUAGGAGCUGUCGCUGCAGCCUGGCCCGAAGGGAGGCCUGAGCUGGGUGCUGGCGUCUGCAAGGGGAAGGGGCUCCCCGCUGGAGCCACUCAUGGCUGGCAGGAGCAGCCCCUGGCGCUGGCUCUGACCCCGCAGGCCCAGGAGAUGCAGGCUGCGGGGCUAGGGCUCUUCCUCCUGCUCCUGCCCAGAGCGGGGCUCCAUGCCCUCCCGGACUCUGUCAACUGCUCCCAGGGCCUGUCCUGCCGGCUGCUGGAGGACGAUGUGCUGUGCAGCCCUGGGGCUGUGGGGCUGGCCUCUGGUCCAGUUCUGGUGCCAACCCAAAUGACGAUGGAGUCUGUGCUGCACUGCGCAGCAGCGUCUGACUGCUCCCCCUGCGUGCAGGUCAAGCUGCAGCUAGCUGUGCUGGGGCCCCAGGAGGAGGUGGCAGGCGAGGGGACCCGAGACGGACCUGAGAUGGAUGCCCUGCAGCAUCAGGACAGUGGGCCGCUACGGAGCUGGGUGCUGCUCUCGGUGCGGACGUACCCCUCCUCCCGCUGUGUCGCCAUCGAGGUCCAGCUGCCCCGCGCCCUGGCACAGCCCAGCGACACCGUGGGCUCCAUGUGGUUUCACUGCUUUGAGGCGGCCUUGCGAGGGGAGCUGCACGUCACGUCCUACACGAGUCCCCGGUACCGGGAGGUGCUGAGCCAGACGCACCGUGUGCCUGACUGUUCCUGGCCCGCAGCACGGGCUGCCAUCCGGCUGUGCCAAGUGCCCAGGCUGCAGGUCUCCAUGGGGACAGAGCACGUGGUGGUGCAGUUGCAGGACGUGCCCGUGGAGCAGAACUUCAUUGUGUGGUUCUAUUGGAACCAGACACUUGAACUCAAAGGACUCAGGACAGAGAGGGGUACUCAGAACUUCAGCCUGCCCUCCGCCCAGCUGCUGCCCUGCCUCUGUCUGCAGGUCUGGCCAGAUAUCCCGGACCCCCCCAGGAUCAGCCGCUGCCCCUUCACUCAGGACCCUGCGGCGUGGACCCGGCUGUGGGCACAGGCCCAGCUGAAGCUGCAUCUCACUGGGGAGAGGCUGAGCUGCUCCGUGUCGGUGCCAUGCAUGGUGCCAGCAGAGAUCGUGCCCUGCUGGAGGCUGAAGAGGGCUGGGCCCUGCCAUGAGCUGCCCCACCUGCGCCAGGUCCUCACCGUGCCUAGUCUCCAUGAGUUUGGGACGUUGCAGCCUCAUCCGAACCUGUGUGUCCAGGUGUGGAGUGGUGGGCAGGUCCAGCUCAUGCAGUGCCUGCAGGAAGGUGCCAUGCAGGGCCAGCCGGCCGACUUCUUGCUGAUGGAGACCAGGGACCCACAGGGGAACAUGUUGCUCUGUGCCAUGGAGCGAGGCACCUGCGUUCCACUAGCCAACUCCACCUGCAUGGGAGUUGGGGUGCGGGCCCUGGAGCAGCAGCUGCGAUGGGAUGUGCAGUCGGGGCAGUGUCUGCAGGUCUGGCGUGCUGAAGGCAGCCUGGUGGGCACCGGCUGGGCCUGCUCGCUGGAGAAGUAUCUCCGGGCCCGCUGGGUGCUGGCUUGGAUGGGGGUUCUCCUCAGCACCUUCUGCAUCCUGCUUCUGCUCCUGCUCAAGAAGGAAAAUCUGAAAGGGUGGCUGAAGAUGCUGAAGGAGGAUUAUAGCUCUGGGGGCCUGCUGCGGGGCCGGCGCGCCCUGAUCCUCUACUCGCCCGACCACGCCGGCUUUGAGCAGCUGGUGAGCACCCUGGCCUGCGCCCUGACACGGCUGCAGCUGGCAGUGUCAGUGGCGCUGUGGAGCCGGGCCGAGCUCUGUGCCAUCGGCCCCAUGCAGUGGUUCCAUGCCCAGCGGCUGCGGGUCCUACAGGAGGGUGGCACAGUGGUGCUGCUGUUCUCCAGGGGCGCCGUGGCCAGGUGCACGGAGUGGCUGCUCUGGAAGCCGGGGGAACUGCUGCCCCAGGAUGAUCCGUACAGCGCCUUCCCAGCCUCCCUCAACUGCAUCCUCCCCGAUUUCCUGGCUGGCAAGGCUGGGGGCCGGUACUUGGUAGCCUGCUUUGAGGAUCUCCUCCAGCCGGCUGACAUCCCGGAGCUCUUCCGCUCCGUGCCCAUCUUCACGCUGCCCUCCCAGCUGCCCACCUUCCUCCUGGCACUGGCUGGCACUGCUGCAGGCAGGGAGCAGAGAAGCAGCCUGAAGAAGCACUCCCUGUGGAUCAGCGACAGCCUGCAGCGCGCCAUCAGAGAGUGCCAGCUGCAGGAGCCCGAUGGGCACUGCUCACCACAGGCGUCCGCCCUGCCUGGGAGCGGACAGGUACCGAUGGGUGCAAAGAGUGAGGCUGGGGAGCUCUCUCCACCCAUGGACUCCACGUGACUGAGACUCUGUCCACUGAGACUCUGGCCACUGUCGGUAGACAGGAUACUGGGCUAGAUGGACCUUUGGCCUGACCCAGUGGGGCCGUUCUCAUGUUCUCCUGCCAAGCCAGAGUGUGUCAGCCACUGUCUCUGCGCCAGCUGGGCUGGGCACGGAGGGAAAGACUCCGCUGGCACCUGGCUGGAGCAUAUGCUGGCAGGGCCUGGCCCCUGCCCUGCGGCGGGCUCUGCGGGUCACUGCCCCACACUCCCAAUAAAGGCUGGUUAUUUUUCUAA